GGCACGCCCGAGGCAGAUCCUAAAUUCACGGCCGAGCUCCAGAGGCUGCCAAACGAGGUUGCUUCAUUGCGCAAGGAAGCCAUCGCUCUCAAGCGCGACCCUGAUCCCAUGGGCGUGGACGCCAGUCAGCAGGACUGCGACGCGGAUUUCGAGGGCGAGGAAUUCCGAGCUGCGGGCAAAAUAGCGGGCGAGGCAGGCCAACUUCC